GAGAGGAUCCAGCUCAGCUUCAUAGGUCAACUCCAUCCCUGCUGACACCUGUCAACGGGCCGUUGCCUCGGAGACGCUGAGGAGCCAGAAUAAGGAGGCGCGGAGGAUUCCCCGGACAGACAGACAGUGAGAGGACACAGGAUGGACCGGCAGCAGCAAGUCAAAGUGGAGCGCUUUCUCAAACUGGGAUAUUCUCACAUUGACAUCCUGAAGGUGCUGGAGAGCCUCCACCAUGACGCCCAGACCAACGACAUCCUGGAGGAGCUGAUAAAGACCUGCCACACUGGCAGCAACAGGAGCGGCCCCCACAGCCCCCGGCUGGUUCCCAGGGGCUGCAGCCCGGGGCCUGCAGAGCCCAGAGCCGGGCCCCCCAGAGAGCCCCCCGCAGGCUUCAGAGCUGUUGUCAUAGACGGGAGCAACGUGGCCAUGAGCCAUGGCAACAAGAAGGUGUUUUCAUGCCAGGGCCUCCAGCUGGCAGUGAGCUGGUUCUGGGACAGAGGGCUGCAAGACAUCACCGUGUUCGUCCCCCUGUGGAGGAAGGAGCAGCCGCGGGCCGAGGCCCCCAUCACGGAUCAACACAUUCUCCAUGAGCUGGAGCGGAGGAAGAUCCUGGUGUUCACGCCGUCUCGCUGCGUGAACGGGAAGAGGGUGGUGUGCUACGACGACCGCUACAUCGUGAAGCUGGCCUUCGACUCCGACGGCAUCAUCGUGUCCAACGACAACUACCGAGACCUGCAGACAGAGAGCCCGCAGUGGAAGAAGUUCAUCGAGGAGAGGCUGCUCAUGUACUCCUUCGCUAAUGACAAGUUCAUGCCUCCAGAUGAUCCGCUGGGGAGAAACGGCCCCAGCAUCGAUGACUUCCUGUUGAAGAAGCCGUGGAGCUCAGACAACAAACUGCAGCCUUGUCCUUACGGAAAGAAGUGUACUUAUGGAGUCAAGUGCAAGUUCUAUCACCCGGAGCGGGCCCACCAGUCCCAGCUGUCUGUGGCCGACGAGCUGAGGGACCGAGCCAAGAACACACACUGCAGAUACAGCUCCCCCAACCCCCCUCUCAGCACAGACGACCUGUCCCUCAGGGCUUCACCCAGCGAGCUCUUGGUCUUCCACAGAGACACCAGCAGCCCCCGCCUCCGCCCCAGCCCUGAGGAGGACGAGGCCUUCAGCUCCAUGGAUAGCUCCAUGUCCAGGCUCUACAUCCAGGACAGUGUGGAGCUCCCCCCCCACAGCUACAGCAGCGGAGUGGCCAGCUACAGCCACGACGACUGCUCGCUCUCAGGCUCCUUCUAUCCCCAUCACCACUCAUCAGUGCCCUGCCUGCGCCCUGUGUGCAGCUGUGCUCAUCCUCAGACUAGAUCGUACCCCCACCACCACCACCACCACCACCACCACCCAGCAUGGGGCUCCUGCCCAGCUCUGCCUCCACAUAACAGGGAGCCUCCUGUACACAGUGCAGAGCAGCAGUACAGACGGGGCCCCGCUCCACAGAGGGGGGCCUGGCUGCAGGGCGGAGCCAGGAGCCCGGCCGCAGAGCAGAGGGGGGGCCUGCGCAGCCAGCUGAGCACCCUGUUCCCUCAGGGCGCGGUGGAGCAGGUCAUGAGUACCCACCCUCACAUCUCAGACAUGACCCAGCUGAUCUCUCUCAUCCAGAGCUACAGGAGCAGCCAUGUCUCCUUCUAGAUUACUAACCGUCUCACAACCCUCAGGCACAGAGAAACCUGGAGAAAGGGAACAAGGCUUCUUUUCUUAAAGGUCACCUAUCAUGCUAUUUUUAGGCAAUAAAUAGCAUAGGUCUCACAUAUAUACAAAUAUAUAAAAAACAUGUCUAUGAAGUGUUUUGCUCAAAAUACCAAACAGAUCAUCCAUUCUA